AUGCUGUUCAAGUCGUUACACAGUCUCAUUCUCAUCGGCUUCCUGCCCAUUGUAUGGGCCCAGGAUUGGAACAUGCCGGUCGAUGCGCCAAACCCUAUGAAGCGUGGAGAUCAAUAUUGGGGGCAACCAACUGUUGCCUAUGUGGACCCAAAUAAGAUCAAAGAAAUGAUGGUAGAUAGGAAAUCAAAGAAGAAAGUAGAUGUCACGUUGUAUAUCUCCGAGACUGAAACAAAGGUCUACACCGUAGAACGUCCAACAGCUGCGUCCUCCCAGAGCGACAAGUAUGGGGUGACGGAUGGUAAUCCCUUCUUUGAUGGCACGGCUAUGUGGCCAGCCGUGCUAGAGCUAGCAAUAAUGGCCUAUGCCAAAGAUCAAUCUGCAAGUGGGAUCGCCACAGAUCUUAAUGGUGGUCUCCCCAACAAAGCAUUUGAAGCCAUCUACGGCAAGACUAGCUUUGUGGAGUGGAUUCCAAGAUUGACAGAAGAGCGAUUGACAGAGUUACUGACAACUGGAAAGCCAACCGCCUUAACUUUGUACUCCAAGGAAGUUCUUGUACAGCAUGCCUAUACUGUCAUGUUCUACAACCCAGACACCAAAACUGUUACUAUAAGGAAUCCCUGGGCUUCGAUUGGAACUAGUGAGUUUACAGCAGAAUUCGAUUCUUAUGAACCCGGUUCUGAUGCCAUUGCCGUUACAGAGGACCGUGAUGGUGUCGUCGCCCAGAAAAAUGGACAGUUCGAGUAGGCUGAGACCAAUCAACCAGGAGUGACGGGCACCCGCUGACCUGCUUGCUUGAUCAGACUUGAGCUGGAGAAUUUCAAAAAUACCUGGGGGGUAAUCACAGGCAUUUGAAUGUGUCAUGUACCGUCUGAACGUUGUUCUGUACUGCCUUAUUGGCCAAUCGUAGUCCACUGAAG